CAAUCAUGGCUAAAUUAGCUGCCUUGUUUAGCCUCUUCGCCCUGCUCGCUUGGGCUUCUCUGAUAGCCCAGGUUGAAAGUAAGGAAAUUGUGUGCUACUAUGGAACGUGGGCCGUAUAUCGCCCCACGAAUGGCAAGUUCACCCCAGAAAACAUCGAUCCCAACUUGUGCACCCAGUUGAACUAUGCCUUCUUCCACAUCAAUACCGAUGGCACGAUCAAGCUGGUCGAUCCUUGGGUUGAUUUGCCCGAUGGUGGCGGUUAUAACACUAUCGCCAAGGUGAACAAUCUGAAGCAGAUUAUUCCCUCGCUGAAAACGAUCGCCGCCGUCGGUGGAUGGGAUGAUGCACACGCGGUUGCCGGCAACUUCGCGAUCGUUGCCGCCAAUCCUUCUCUGCGUGCCGCUUUCGCCAGAAACGCCGUGGCGUUCCUGCAGAAAUACGGCUUCAAUGGUAUGGACAUCGAUUGGGAGUAUCCGGCGAAAUGGCAAGCAGAGGGCAAGUCUAGCCCAGCGGACAAAGCGAACCUGGUGCUGCUGCUGCAGGAUCUUCGUGCUGCCUUCACUCCGUACGGCUAUCUGCUGACAAUAGCCGUUGGUGCUACACAAUCGCUAGCUGAUAUAGCAUACGACGUCCCUGCAAUUUCCAAGGUGGUCGAUUACAUCAAUCUGAUGGAGUAUGAUAUGCACGGUUCCUGGGAAAAUAUUGUUGGACACCAUGCUCCGGUUUAUGCGGCAUCAGGUGAUAAUGCUGAGCUAUCGGUUCUGAGCAGCGUUAAGUACUGGUUGAGCAAGGGUGCCAAUCCUGCCAAGCUCAAUCUCGGAGUUCCGUUCUACGGUAGAACGUUCACAUUGGCUAACGCAAGUCAAACGCAAAUUGGAGCCCCUGCCACCGGUGGUGGUACAGCAGGACCAUACACAGGGACAGCUGGAUUCCUGGGGUACAACGAGAUCUGCGAAAAGAAAUGGCCCUGCCUCUGGGACAACGUAAGAGGGGCCACUUAUGCCGUUUCCGGUAACCAGUGGGUAGGCUAUGAUGAUGUGCAGAGCAUCAAGCUGAAGUGCAGCAUCAUUGACCAGUACGGACUUGGAGGUGGUAUGGUAUGGUCUAUCGAAACUGAUGACUUCCUAGGCCGAUGUGGACCCAAGUACGAACUCCUUAGUACACUUAAAUGGUGUGUGAAUGCUAAUUUGGCAGCACGACCAUACGGUCAGCAGCAACAACUAUCAAGCCCCCAUCGACCAUUGCCAAACCGUCAGGAUAGUUUGUCUGCCAAGCUGACGGUUGCUUUCGGCAUCCAAGCAACAAGUACUACGCCUAGAACCGUGGAACCGAUACCACAUUCAGGUGAGGUAGCGGUCUCUUUUUCAACGAACACCUCUCCACAUAAGACUAGUCGUACAUUGUAUCUUGCUGAAAUGAUCUUUCUGCGAUCGAUUUAAUUAAGCGAAUAAAUACCAAAUCAUGAA